CCUUUUGAAGCUCAUGGAGCAGUCAUGCUUAUGAAAUGGUAUCAUACUGAAACUUUUUAAACUUUGAGGUUUUAAAUGAAAAGGUAAAACAGUAAUGGGGUGAUUUCUUAAUUUCUUAAAACUUGGAGAAAAAGAUACCAAUCUUUACUGUGUCAUUACCGAGGGGCAGCAUCGAGAACUCACCGGAAAAUGGACGCCGGAGCUGAGAUUAAUGUGGUUAAGCCGGUUGAGGAUGAUUCAGCGGCGGAAACUGGUCCGGAACGAGACCACGGUGAAAGAUCGGAGUCGUCUUCGUUGAAACAAGGGGAGAUUUUGAGAACCCUUGCUACGGUGGAGAAGGAUUCUCAGGCAAUCGCGGAGAGCUUUGCUUCUCUCUUUGUUUCUCUCCGAUCAACUCUCUCUGAGGCUACUGGCAGCUCGGUUGAUCACAUGAGUUGCUUUGGAGAUGCAGCAGGAAGGCUUCAGGAAAGUGCUUUAGAUGCAGCUACCAAAGGGAACCGUUACAUCAACUCUUGCCUCAGAUUAAACGAGGAAAUUAAAGGCGUUGAGAAUUUGGCGGCUCGGUUAAAGCACCUGCGGAGAAAUGUGGAUGUUCUUGACACAGCUGUGAACAAGCUUCUCCGGCCUCCAUAAGAACUAAGAAGUCAUCAGUUUCUUUCAAAGAGUUGGAUCAUUUUAGCUUUUUCUUUUACAGACUUGAAUCAUUUACUUCUCGUACAUAAAGAUUUUGAUUUUCCCAAUCAAGGAUGGCAUAUACAUUAAGACGAUAAACAACUCUCUGUUCUUCAAGGAUCUUCUAAACAGUUCUAGAAGUGCAAAGCUUCAUCAUGGUAAAAUGCUUCAUACACCAUCUUCAUCGUAAACUACUUGAAUCUCUUUAACGGUGUGUUUUAUCAAUUAACAAUUUAGUAGCUCCUACCUUCAAGUGAUCAAGUUGGUAUUUGAUCUGACUGUUCAUGGGUGUUUUUUUAUUUUAGCUAUGUAUUUUGGUUAUGAUUGGAUUGGUUUGAUUUUGUUAUAUACCAAAGGAAAAUUCUGUUUUUUA